GUUGCUUUUGCGAUACAUUUUACUUUGAGGUCUUCUGCACGUUCGCGGAUCCAGUGUUACACCUUCUACAGUGUAGUUGCCUUCGUGUCUCUGGAUGGCGAAGUUCGAGUGCAGUCCCAAACCGUGGUGCAAAAGAUCUGGUCCACUAUCUACGGCGGUUAGGUCGAGGACAAUAAAACAAAAAGACGAUAAAUGAGAUAGCCAUCCGUGGGCGGAUAGCUCGUGAAGUUUAGUUUUGAGCACGUCGUUGGUGCUUGACCGCAAACCAGCGCACAUCCAGCCAUUUCAUUAUGGACGUUGUGACACCCGGUUUUUCGACGGAACCCGAGCCCCCGGUCGGCAUCAGUCGCAAUGUGGCCAAACUGUUGGCCAUCUUUGCACUCGGUGCGGGCAGCUUUCUUUGCGGUAUCCUGCCCCUGUUCUGUAUGCAGCGUAAUCAUGUGCGCUAUCCGCGGUUGCUGUCGUUUCUGCUCUGCUUCGGAGCGGGCGUCUUGCUGGCCACGGCCAUUGUCCACAUGCUGCCCGAGAUUCGUUCGUCCCUGGGACAGUACGCAGAGAUCGUGUUCUGCGGCGGUUUCUUCUUUAUGUACUCGAUCGACGAGCUGUUGCACGCCUGCGGCAUUGGAUCUCACGAGCAUGGAGAAGGAAGCGCCCAAGCGGUAAGGAACAGAAGCGCGUCCCGCAGGUACAGCGUCGAUUCGGAAUCGGACGCAGCCAGCACGGCCAGUGGUGGUCGCAGCUACGGGACAAACGACGUCACGGAAUCACUGUUGAAAAACCAACAAAGAAGUAUCUCGGAAAGCCAGCUGGCGCCUGAUGAGCGGGUGGAGAACGCCAACCUGCGGUCAGUCCUUACAUCAACGUCUAGUAGCAGCUUGGUAGCAGUCCGUGACCGACCACCAACCACUGCGAGCGAGGUACAGUUGACGGGAGUUUUCGGAUUGCUGCUAGCGCUUAGCCUCCACUCGCUAUUGGAGGGCCUUGCGAUCGGUGUACAGAAUUCGGCCGCCAAAGUGCUCCUGCUGUUGGGCGCCGUCAGUGCGCACAAGUUCGUCGUAGGAUUCGCGCUUGGUGUUGAGCUAUCUACGUACGGCACCCGGCAGCGCUGCUCACACAUUCUGCAGGUCUUGACGUUUUCCCUCGGCUCGGUGGCCGGCAUCGGUAUGGGCAUGGGGCUGGAUGGGCUAAACGAAGCGUUGACCAACGUGGUUAUGCCGGUCCUGCAAGGGCUAGCCGGUGGAACACUGCUGUACGUCACCGUUAGCGAAGUAUUACCGCGGGAACGACGAAAACGGCUGCACAUUACCAAGAGCGUGGGCCCAUUGCAGCUCGUUGCGGUUGUCCUCGGGUUUUCGCUCAUGUCCUUCCUCAGCCUUGUGCUGACCGACGAGUGAAAGAUGUGCCUAUUCGUGCCGUCUGCUGCCUUUUAUCCAAACGAGUGCCGUACCUUUGAGAAGACUUCGCGUAGUGCCUCAAUCGACGAGACAUUUUAUCAACUUACAAAAACAACUUAUUGUGUAAGCUGCCAGAAUGAAAGCAAUCGAUAA